GCUCCGCAGCUCGGCUCUGCCAGGCUCGCCUCGCCAUGGUGCAGCUCGGGGGCGGCCGCCGAGCCCCACCGCCAGCCCCAGCAGCACCGCCAGCCUUCAGCAUCGACAGCAUCCUGCAGCCCGGACCCCGCCGCCCGGCUUGGGAGCAGCGCAGAGCCCGCUGCGCACUGCCGGAGGAGGAGGAGGAAGAGGGGCCUGCAGAGCAAGACCCCAAUAAAGGCUCCAGCAAUUCGGGCAGCGAGCCUCGCCGGCUCCGGGUGGAGGGGACGAGCCGUGGCCUCCACCCGGAGGCGGAGAGCGGCGAUGUGUGCUCCCCUCUGCCCGCGGAGGGGAUGCGCGGCCCCCGGCAGCCUCCGCGGGAGGCUGGGGGCUGCAGCGGAGAGAGCGGCGGAUCGCCGGCGACGGGCGGCAGGAAGAAGACGCGGACCAUUUUCUCCAAGAGCCAGGUCUUCCAGCUGGAGUCCACCUUCGACGUGAAGCGCUACCUGAGCAGCGCCGAGAGGGCUGGGCUGGCCGCCGCGCUGCACCUCACCGAGACUCAGGUGAAGAUCUGGUUCCAGAACCGCCGCAACAAGCUCAAGAGACAGAUGUCGGCCGAGACCGAGGGGCCGGGGCCGGCAGAGCACCCCGGGGACCCACCGCACCCCUCAGUCUCCGCGGCUCUCUCCUUCCCGUCCGUUUACAAGGACAGCACCCUGCUCAGCCGCUGCUUGAUGCCGCUGCCCAUCCCCUUGCUCUACCCGGGCAGCGCCAUUCCCUACCUCUGCUUACCCGGGCCGGGCAAAUACUUCAGCCUGAUGGACGGGGACGUAUAGCCUCGCCCCUCGGUCCCCGACCUUCCUCUUGCUGGGGGCCGCCCCGAUGUUUCUUAUGUCCCCGCCGUGUCGGUGGGAUGUCCGCUUUCGCCACAGCCAGCGGCAGUCGCUCCCCCUCGGCCCACGGAGGGACGGCCCGGGCUCCCCCACCCGUGUCCGUGGGCCGCCGACAAGAUGUUAAAGCUGCCAGCCCGUCCUCACUGUUGCAGCGAUUUUUCUGCCGUCAAGAAGGAGGAGAUAACACGGAGCCACCAAAGAAGCCGGGAUGUAUUCUACCUCUCUCUCUUCCUCCCAAAUGAUCCCAUGCCCGCAUGUCAGAGAAGCCGAUGCUCUGCCUCAGCCCACAGGGACUGUGUUCCUCAGUCUGCCCCAGCGCCGUGGCCGUCGCUGUACCGUGAACCGAGACCCUUUUAGUACACCUUGCCAAAAGGAAAGGCCAAGAUUGUCUCCUCUGUCUCAAACUCUCCACCCCUAACACCCUGCAGAUCGAUUUCUCCCCAUCUUUUAUAUUAUAAAAACGUAGACACUUUUCCUCAGAUCUGGUUCCUAAAUUGUGGCUUCUAUUAAUUUUAUUUUUUUUACCUCCUGAAAAAAAUCCGAGCUUUCUCACUUUCUGUGCUGAUUCUCAAACAAUGUCUCACCUGUUGUUCCUGCAGAACAAGACAAACUGUGUCUCACACUUCUUGUUCUAACUCUGCCCCUCUAAAUGUCGUGAGACCACUUUAACUGCUGCCAUAGAGAAAAUAAGUGGGUUAUUGUUUAUUUUUUCCCCCUGUAUUUUUGUUUGGUUUUUUGUUUAGUUGGUUUUUAUUUUUUUGUUUGGUUUUCUUUCUUUCGUCUUUUUAAUAGAUUUCCAAAGUCUUUUG